UCAGGUCUUUAACUCAUCAGCCAGAUAAUAGAGAACAACUAAAAAGACCUUUGAAAAUGCUGUGGAUAUCGCGUCUCCCAACUGCGUCUCUCUUUCUUCUGCUUCUCCCGUGCUUCCCUGGCUGGAAGGGUGGAGAAAAUGAACAGUCAACAGACAUUAUCAGUGUUUGGGAAGGAGACUCCAUCACCAUAACUUGCUCAAUGAAAGGUUCAGAAAAUGAAGUGGGAAUGCACUUGACAACUAGCAUACAGCCAGCCAAUGUGUUAUAUGUUUCCAAGCAGCAAAUUUCAUAUAUCCUUCCUGCUUUGGCUAAUCGCAUCGAGUAUUCAAAGGAAGGAAUGAAUCUCAGGAUAACUCUGCACAAUGUACAGGAAUCUGAUUCCAAUAUCUACCUAUGCAUCAAGUAUAUUAAAACCAAAGUCUAUCACAAAAAGCUGAAUGGGAAGACAACCAUAGUAGUGGUGAAAGCAAAAACCAGUGGAGUUGUUGAUCAGUUGCCGCUCUACGUCAAUCCUCAGCAAGGCGAGUCUGUCAGCAUUACCUGUGUGGUGGAAAGCUCCCAUGAAGAUGAAGCGAUCCUCUUGCUCAAGACUCACAACAUUUCAGAUCAGAAUGUUUCGACUAUUUCUCCUGCUUUUGCUAAUCGCUUGGAGUAUUCAAAGCAAGAAAAGAAAAUAGUGAUAACUCUACAUAACCUACAGAAAAACGAUAGCGAUAUAUACGUAUGUGCCUGGGUGCUGAAAAAUUCCUCUUUCCUCUCAGUGACUAGAACUGGCACCAUGAUGCUGAUUAAAGAAGUGGAGCAGACAGACUGCAGUAAUAGUUCCUGGCUCAUCUAUGGUCUUAUCAUCAUGGUAGUGCUACUGUCGUCUGCACUGAUAUGCUGCGCCGUGUACCAUGUCAAUAGGAAGGCAUAUUUCCAGAAAAGAAAACCAAAUGCAGUAUACGAAGAUAUGUCUUACAGUUCUAGACGUAACACCUUGGUCAGAACCAACCUUUACUUCACUGACAAGUAAGCUUCUGCCAGCUGGGACUGUGCACGGAUCAACCGUUCCUUUACAGGUGUCUCUGAGAGCUGCCUUAGCAACCUGAUACGGUAGCCGAACUGAAAAUACUGUCAUCCAUUUCUUCGGUGGAAAGA